UUUGCAAGAGAUGGGAUUAAACUAGAGACACUAGAAAACUACAUCAAGGAUCCUAUCGCGAAUGGUCCCAAACUUCGUAACACUCGCCUCGACAAAUUUGCGGCAGACGUCAAGUCAAUGAAGGCCUCUCCCUGGAAUAGGGCUCUCACUUACAAGUUUGCGGAAAAAGCCAAAGAGAUCGUAGCUGCCUGUGGAGAUGGCCGAUUUGGAUCAGCACCUAUCGACUGGAACAAGUUAUUUUCCGAUCGACUUUAUGCUGUGUACAAGGAAAUUGUUGACGCCCGUCUUCUACCCCAUGAAGAUAACGAGGCCCGG